AUGACCGUUUUGUACCUCCUCUUGAUAGCACUUAUUUACUUUUUGAUCAUCCUUUUACUUCGAUGGCAAAAGCAGCAACCAUUCCCUGGACCAAAGGGCUGGCCUGUGUUGGGAGUUUUGUUGGAGCUAGACCUUAUCCGCCUUCAUUUUACAUUUGAUAAAUGGAAGACACUUUAUGGUGACGUUUUUCAGUUCAUGUGUCUUGGGAGAAAGUUUGUCUGCGUUAACUCGUCAGACAUCAUGCGUGAUCUUCUCCUCCGGGAGCCAAACGCAACAAAAAUGGCCGGACGACCUGAUUUCUUCGUUGAAAAAUAUUUUUAUAUGCACAAAAAUGAUGUUGUAUUUUCAUCGCCGGAUAGGCAGUGGACAAAACGAAGGAAACUUUUGUACAAGAUGUUAAACGCUUAUGGCGAAGGCUUGGUGCGGAUUGAACAUCUAAUUAAAGACAACUUACUUGCUAUGAAGGAAGAGAUUGAUACCUUAAAAGGUCAAAGCAUUGAUCCUAGUGAUCUUGUAGAGAGAUUCAUUUUAGAAACAAUUGAAGUUUUGUUGAUUGGGAAAAGUUCAGGAAGGCACGGAGAACUUAAACAGAUAAUAAGAGACUUGGACUUCUGCGUCAAUGAGAGCCAUAAUAUGGGACCUGACAUGAUGUAUAACACGUUUCCAUUUCUCCGGUUUCUUCCACUUCAACACACGAGAAAGCUAGAGGAUCUACGAAAAGCAAAGAAUCGAAUGAUGGAUAUGCUAGAGAAAAUAUCGAAUGAUCAUCCCGAAAAUACAGGUGUAUAUCAGUCACUAAAGAAAGUGCUCCAAGAACGCGAUACAUCCGGGCAACGGUGGUUCAAUGAAGUUAACCUGUGGAGUUUAAUUGUCAACAUCGUCGCGGCAGCAUACUUAACGUCAAGAGGGACUCUGCUUUCUCUUAUACAAAUUCUGGCAAAACGACCUGACCUCCAGAGGUCUAUACAAAGAGAAAUCGACAAUGUUAUUGAUGUUGCUAGGAAACCCGAUCUACACUUACAAGACAGGCAGCAGUGCCACCUGUUGGAAGCCGUGAUUUUGGAAACACUUCGUUAUAUUCCGGUUGCUCCCAUCUCCUUCCAUUACACACUUGAUGACACAGAGGUCAAUGGUGUCUUCGUUGAGAAGGAUACCACGGUUGUUUGCAAUAUUUGGACUGCACUUCAUAAUGAAAAAGAAUGGAAAAACCCCUUUACUUUUAAACCUGAGAGGUUCCUACAGGAAGAUGGAAGUUUGUUACCUUCUACUGAUCCUGCAAGAAAGAGGAUGGUUGCAUUUGGAUUGGGAAAGCGUAGCUGUAUCGGUGAGGUGUUUGCUAAGUCCCGGAUGUUCCUGUUUGUAGCUACACUUCUACAGAGCUUUUCAAUCCUGGAACAAGAGGACGAAACACUUCCAGAUCUUUUACCUGAGAAAAUGGCACCUGGAAUUGUUUUGCAACCCGAUCCGUAUAAAAUUCGCUUUGUUUCGAGAAAAGGAUAGAAUAUUUACAUACAGUUUAUAGGCAUACAGCUUUAUAUCGUUCUGAUUGAUUUCUAUGUAUACAAUCAUAUAGUCAACAAUAUGUUCGGGUUCAA